UGCCUUCGAGAGUAAUAAUAUUACAGUAACUCGUACAGCAGAAUGCUUCCGAGAGCAAUAUGACACUCAUGUAACGCGCGCUGGCGAUCAGUCUCUUAAUAAGGUGGACAGAUUCCGAUAAUGUGUACUACAGAAGCGUUUGUAUGUAACCGUUCUCAUAAUUGAACAACCUGACAUUUCGCUUGUCGAACGUGGUUUCCGUAGACGGAGGUAUGGGAGGUAUGCGGAUGCAUUACAUUCUGCUGAUAUUUAUAUCCGGUCCUAGCUGGCUGGAUGAUGCAGGAAAGGUGAUGUAAUACCAGCGAGACCUUGAAGAUGCCACGUUUGUGGACAAGAGUGUUGAUGGGUGCCUACUUGGCAAUGCUUUGCAAGAACGAAGAUGUGAACGUCGUGGAUGAAUCAUUUGUCUAUCGAGAUACCCAUUAUGGUCUGAUCAGAGGCACUGUUAAAACUGUGCUGGACUUUAAGAAGGUUGAACGAUACCUCGGCAUUCCCUAUGCAGCACCUCCUGUAGGAGAACUCCGAUUUGAGAACCCCGAGGAACCUGCCACAUGGGAGGGGACACGAGAUGCGUUCCUCACUCCUCCUGCAUGCCCACAGAUUUCUUGGAAGUAUGUUCACAUGCACGUCCCGUCUUUCAAUCACAGUGAUGAGGACUGCCUGUACAUGAAUGUAUACGUUCCGCAGACAGGUGGUGCUAAUGGCAAGAUGGCAGUACUCGUACACAUUCAUGGCGGUUCAAACGAAUAUGGAAUGGGUGCUAUGUUCGAUGGAAGUAUCUUGGCAGCGCAGGGAGAAAUCAUCGUUGUGAAUUUCAAUUACAGACUUUCGACUCUUGGCUUUCUCAGCGGUGGGCCGAAGUUUCCUGGUAACUUUGGACUCAUGGAUCAGGCUGCAGCACUAAAAUGGGUUUCCAGGAACAUCCACUUCUUCGGAGGAGACCCUUCAAAGGUCACUGUAGAAGGUCACAGCGCAGGGGCUGGAGAUGUGGGCUUUCAUAUAUUAUCGCCAUUAUCAAAAGGUUUUUUCCGCUAUGCCAUUAUGCAAAGCGGUUCUCCAACAGCCUACUGGGCGCUGCUUAAAGACACUAACAAAGCUAAAGCCAGUGCUUUAACGUUUGGUGAAAAGGUUGCUUGUUACACAUCCGAGGAUAUGUACACUUUCAAGCAAUGUCUUAAGGCUUUACCCUGGCAAACGAUCAGCUCAACAUGGUACCCGAAUGCUCCAGGGAAAUUCUGUAUUUCGCCUGUGAUUGAUGGACUGUUUGUACCAAGUAAUGCCACAAAACUAUUGAAAGAUGCUGAGUUAAACGGUGAAGCCUUCAUGGCAGGGAUUACCAGCAAUGAGGGUACUAUGUGGAUACGGGGGACAGAAAGGGUAGAGCUUACAGCUGGCAGGUUUGGACUGUCCAUGGGGGAUAACAACAAAUUAGGUACUUUAUGACUGGCAAUGCUUGCAUCGGAUAUAUUCAACACGAAGAUUUUCAUUGUUGUUGCAGACAAUAAAGUGCCCAACCCCACUGAAUGAUAAGAGUAUUGUACGCCAGAGCGAGUGAGGUUUUACGCCGCCUUUAGCAAUAUUCCAGCAAUAUCACGGCGGGGAACACCA